UUUUGUGGCUUCAUCUUCUUAGCUUUCUGUGGGGAAGUUUAUUUUAGACUGCGUUAGGUUGCAGCUUAUGAACUAGACUAGGGUUGUUCUAAAUGGCUGCAUUUCCGAUUUGUUGCACAAGUAAAAGAAGAAAAUGAAAUUGUUGCCUUGACUUUCUAUGCUACUUCUGUCCUGCAUACCCAAAAAGACAGAAUGGCAUGCAGUUGCUUCAUGGACAUGGGAUGCUCAAGACGAAACAUGUGGGAUAUGUCGGAUGGCUUUUGAUGGUUGUUGUCCUGAUUGCAAACUUCCUGGAGAUGAUUGCCCUCUAAUUUGGGGAGCUUGCAAUCACGCGUUUCAUCUUCACUGUAUAUUGAAAUGGGUGAAUUCACAGACGAGUCAAGCUCAUUGCCCAAUGUGCAGAAGAGAAUGGCAGUUCAAAGAGUAAGCAAGUUAUGAGGAGGAUUAGUCUGAAGCUCUCAUCAUGUAGGAUGUUUUGGAAUGAUCUCUUGGAGUUGUAUUUGGACCAUUAGUGUUGAGUUUUGAUCGUCUGGUGAAAAGCCAGAGAAAGCUUUAGGAAUGUUUUUGAAGCUUUUCCUUAGUUUGAUUGCUUGGAAAAAUCAUAGAUCAAGCAACUUUCUGUGAGCUAUCAUCAUCUAUGAUCUUUGUUAAUUUGUAGUUAGAUUUCUUUCUUUUUUGCCUUGGUUUAGUAUAUGUUUGAUUCUUAGUUAUUUUUUCAUUAGUA